AUGGCGGACUGCAUGCAGGAGUGGCCGGAGCCCGUCGUCCGCGUGCAGGCGCUCGCCGAGAGCGGCCUGUCCGUCAUCCCGCGCUGCUACGUCAAGCCGCCGUGCGACCGCCCCGCCGUGGCCCCGGCGGCGGCGGCAGUCCAGGCCCAGCUGGAGAAGGAUCAGCCCUCGGACAUCAUCAGCAUUCCGGUCGUCGACCUCGGCGAGCUGCUGCUGGCGGAGGACGGCGGCGCCGUCGGGGUCGGCGGCGGCCUCGGCAACGACGUCACCGAGGCCGUCGCGGCCGCGUGCCGAGAGUGGGGAUUCUUUCAGGUGGUCAACCACGGGGUGCGCCCCGAGCUGAUGCGCGCCGCGCGGGAGGCCUGGCGCGGCUUCUUCCGCCGCCCGCUCGCGGAGAAGCAGCGCUACGCCAACUCGCCGCGCACGUACGAGGGCUACGGCAGCCGCCUCGGCGUCCAGAAGGGCGCCGUCCUCGACUGGGGCGACUACUUCUUCCUCUACCUCGCGCCGGAGGCGGCCAAGAGCCAGGCAAAGUUCUGGCCGGCCAACCCCAGCAACUGCAAGGAAGUGUCGGAGGAGUACGGGCGCGAGGUGGUGCGUCUGUGCGAGCUGCUGAUGCGGGUGCUGUCCGUGAGCCUAGGGCUGGACGAGGCGCACUUCCAGCGGGCGUUCGGCGGCGCUGACUGCGGCGCGACCCUGCGCGCCAACUACUACCCGCGGUGCCCGCAGCCGGACCUGACGCUGGGCCUCUCGGCGCACUCGGACCCGGGCGCCCUCACCGUCCUCCUCGCCGACGAGCACGUCCGCGGCCUGCAGGUCCGCCGCGGCGACGGCGAGUGGGUCACCGUGCAGCCCGUCCGCGACGCCUUCAUCGUCAACGUCGGCGACCAAGUCCAGAUACUGAGCAACUCCAUGUACAAGAGCGUGGAGCACCGGGUGGUGGUGAACGCCGAAGAGGAGCGCAUAUCCCUCGCGCUCUUCUACAACCCCAAGGGCGACGUCCCCGUCGCCCCGGCGCCGGAGCUGGUCACGGCCGGGAACCUGCCGGCGCUCUACCCGCCGAUGACCUUCGACAAGUACAGGCUCUACGUGAGGAAUAAGGGCGCCAGGGGCAAGGCGCAGAUCGAGGCUCUCAAGGGCCAGGCAUCAUCGCCAGAAAAUUAA